AUGGACGGAAUAAUUCUUUGUACCUACGAAGGUUCACUUAAAGAUAAGGAGGCGAGCUGCAGCUCCGCCCCUCCCACUGUGCCGUCAAGUCAACUGGGCGUUUCCAUCCUGGCCCCCCAAAAGCAGUCGCAGUCACCCACCACCCUGCGGGCAGCGGCUAGCCUCCGGGUCGGCUCGCCGGCUCACUCUUCCGGACUCCCAGGCCGGGGUGGGGCGACCAGCUGCGAGUCCCGGGAGGCCGAACCUGGCCGUCCCCUCUACCUGGGACUUUUCCUCCGGCCAGAGCUGCACAAAGAUCUCGCUGUCCUUCGACUUCCAAUCGCCUUCCCCCGCCCCACCUGGCUCCGGCGUCCACCCUCCACGUCUCCUCCCCUUCUGGUUUCCAGCUCCUUCGACAGAGUUUGGUUUGAACUUUCGAACCCGCCAAUCAUCGCCCUCGGUAGUCUGCUAGUGGGAGCUUCUCGUCAGUCACCCUCUCUGGCUCGGUUUUUGCGGACCACUUCAAGGACUAAACAUGGUGAGUGUGAUGGUGGAGCGGCGACGGGAUCGUCUGAAGGGACCGCGGGAGCUGUGGGCUGCCCGGGGUGGGGGGUGCCGGUGCCUGCCACAGCCCCCGACGGCCGCCCCCGGUUAGAUCGGCUUCUGGUGGCCAGCGUGGGAAAGCCUAGUCCACCAGGCAGGCUGGUCCCGGGUACCUCCCUCCUGGUGGUCCUGGGAGAACAUGCCGUCUGGGCGGCCCGCCGCCCCUGGAGGCCGGGAGCUUUCACAUCGACUGUAAGAGACUGGAGAAACUAAAGGGUCUCCUUUUUC